AUGGAUUUCCCAACUCAAUUAUUCACAUUCUUCGCCAUUUCUUUCCUCAUAUUUCUCUCGUCUCCUUCACAAACAAAUGCAGCAUCAGAACUAGUUGACAGGGUCUGCAGCCAAACCUUAGAUUUCUCUGCAAGAUGUCUACAACUUAUUGGAUCUGAUCCAAACACAAAAGACUUAGAAGAUCCAAAAAAGCUCGCUGAAAUAGUACUUCAGAUGAGCACAGAUGAAGCACAAAAAAGCCAUGAUUUCAUUGACCAAAUGGCCAAGGCCAAUUCAACUGAACCACUUGAACUGUGUGUUUUUUGGUAUCAAAAUGUGGUUUCUUCAUUCAAAAUUGCACAUGAUGUGGUUGAAAAAGAUCCUGCAACUGCAAAUUAUAAUUGCAAAAUAGCUAGCAAUUAUGCAGAUAAUUGCGAAAAUGCGUUGGCUAAGGGUCCUCGAAUUCCAGAAAUUUCAGCUAGAAAUGAUCAAGAAGAACCAAUUGUCUUCACACAAAUUCCAAUGGAGUUCCCAACCCAAUUCAUCUCAUUCUUCACCAUUUCCUUGCUCAUAUUUCUCUCAACUAGUCCUUCACCAACAAAUGCAACAUCAAAACUAGUUGAUAGUGUCUGCCGAAAAACAGAUUACUCUUCAAAAUGCCAACAACUUAUUGGAUCAGAUCCAAGAACAAAAGACUUAGUGGAUCCAAAAAAGCUUGCCAAAGUAGUCCUUGAGAUGGGCAUAUCAGAUGCAGAAAAAAGCUACAAGUUCAUAAACCGAAUGCUCAAGAACAAUCCAACUGAACCCAUUAAAAAGUGUCUUUCUUCAUAUCAAGAUGUGGUUGCUACAUUCAAAUCUGCACUUGGAGAAAUUGAUGAAGACCCUGAAACAGCAAAUUAUGAUGUCAAAAUAGCUGUUGAUUAUGCAGAUGAUUGUGAAAAUGAGUUGGCUAAAGGCCCUCCAAAUCCAGAAAUAUCUGCUAGAAAUGUUCAAGUUAGGCUAUAUAGUAGUAUUGGAUUUGUUGUAACCGCUAUGCUUCCUCUCCCACCACCAAAUAAUUAGCUUACUUUUA